GGGAUUUUUUGCACUUACUAGUAUUCUAAUUUUAGUCUAGGUUCUGAUAACCUGUUCAGAUCCUGUCCAGAAGCUUCCGUUUCUGGUAAUCUGAGCAACUGGAGAGUUGUAGAAUUAUUUGUACAUUUUUCUAGAUGUUAUGCUUCAAAAAAAAACUUAACUUUUGUAAAACUUGAAAAUUUUUCACUUAGCCAUUUUGAAUACUAUGAAAUUGUAAAAGAACAAAAUGAAGGUUUUAAUGCAUUCACUGCUAGUAAUAGUGGAGAUUAACAUCAUUUUGGAUCGUUCUCAAAAGUAUUCUUUCACUGAAAAAUAACUCAGGAAACAUAUAUUUAGAUAUUACAAUCAUUAAGAGUUGGAGUUACCAUCUAGGAUGCUCCUGUGAAUUGAAGGAUAUUGGUAAGAGUACAGUGUUAGGGAUGCAUGUAGGGUAAAAGGAAACGGUAAACACUAUGCAAUAGUAAAUGAAGACGCGUGGUGGCGCUGCAGGAUAAGAAUGUGAAGAACGGCUCUGCAAAUACCCAGGAAACCAUUCUGGCAAUCAGAACUCUGAAUGCUCCCUAAAAGAAGGAAGCAUAUUAGAGAGCGUCUAGGGCAGAUAUCGUCAGAGAAGACAGCGUUCUACAUGCAGGGCAGUCGGCCAGAUUGGAUUCACUAUCACUUAACAAACCGUCUGGGUGGACUGUACACAGAGGUGAAGAAACGGAAGCUUCGGGACAGGAUCUGAACAAUGGAGACUGCGCUAGCAACAAUGCUGAACAAAAGGCAAGUCAUUUUGCUUGUUAUGCUGUUGAUUUUGAGGGAGGCUGGCUCUGAGGCAAUUAGGUAUUCGAUGCCCGAGGAAACAGAAAGUGGCUACCUGGUGGCCAACCUGGCAGAAGAUCUGGGGCUGAGGGUGGGGGAACUGGGCACUCGAGGGGCGAGAAUCCAUUACAAAGGUAACAAACAACUCUUGCAGCUCGAUGUAAAGACUGAAACGCGCAAAUCCUUUUGUGUCACCACAAGGAAUCAAAAACACAGAGAAGCAGCUUUGCAAGCAGUGUGGAGUUACCAGCCGAUUGGGAACAUGAUAUACAAUAGGUUUAAGAUUAAAAACAAUGUGGUGCCAAUUCCUCCAAACAAGAAAACAGAAAUCAGUAUCACCAGUCUUUCUGUGAGUAUUAAAAGGACUGAAUACAAGCACCUGGACUCCAACAUGGAGAAGCUUCAGAGAAUUCAACUAAACAGGCAAGUCAUGGCGUUAAUUUUUAUGAUGGUAUUAUCUCAGGUUCACUCAGGGCCUAUCCGUUACUCUGUGCAGGUGGAAACCGAGUGUGGUGCCUUUGUAGCCCAUCUGACUAAAGACUUGGGCUUGGGAACUGCGGAACUGGCUGCCCGGUCAGCCAAGGUGUUGUCUGACGAUUAUAAGCAGCAUUUGUUGCUGGAUCCUCAGACUGGAGAUUUGUUUCUGAGGGAGACGCUAGACCGAGAGGAGCUAUGUGGCCCUACUGAACCCUGUGUGCUGCAUUUCCAAGUGUUCCUUGAAAUGCCAGUGCAGUUUUUUCAAGGAGAGUUAUGGGUUCAGGACAUUAAUGACCAUUCUCCAAUGUUCCCUGAUGGGGAAGUGCUCUUGAAAAUACUUGAAAACAGCCAGCCAGGGACUGUAUUUCCCCUGAAAUUAGCCGAAGAUUUGGAUGUGGGCAGCAACGGGCUUCAAAAGUAUACCAUCAGCCCUAAUUCUCAUUUUCACAUUCUCACUCGAAAUGAUAGUGAGGGCAAGAAAUUCCCAGACUUGGUGCAGGACAAGCCUCUGGAUCGGGAGGAGCAGGCUGAGUAUAGCCUAACCCUUACGGCUCUGGAUGGUGGGUCUCCACCUAGGUCUGGCACUGUCAGUGUUCAAAUCCUGAUCAUGGAUGUCAAUGACAAUGCUCCUGAGUUUGUGGACACCCCAUAUAAGGUGCAGGUCCUGGAAAACUGCUCCGUACAUUCCCCAAUCCUUAGUGUCUUAGCUACAGAUAUGGAUGCUGGAAAUUUUGGAAGUGUUUCCUAUGGCUUGUUCCAACCAUCACAUGCAAUUGAACAAACUUUCUCGAUAAAUGAAGUCACAGGAGAAAUCCGACUGCAAAAGAAACUGGAUUUUGAAAAAAUUAAGUCUUACCAUGUGGAAAUUGAGGCUACAGAUGGAGGAGGCCUCUCUGGAAAAGGAACAGUAGUCAUAGAGGUGGUGGACGUGAAUGACAAUGCCCCUGAACUCACCAUAACUUCACUCAGCAGCUCCAUUCCAGAAAAUGCUCCUGAGACGGUCGUGUCCAUCUUCCGAGUAGGAGACAGAGAUUCUGGUGACAAUGGGAAGAUGAUUUGCUCUAUUCCAGACAAUCUGCCCUUUAUUCUGAAACCAACAUUUAUGAAUUUCUAUACCCUGGUGACAGAAGGACCACUAGACAGAGAGACCAGGGCCGAGUACAACAUCACCAUCACCGUCACCGACCUGGGGACACCAAGGCUCAAAACCCAGCACAACAUCACUGUGCUGGUCUCCGACGUCAACGACAACGCCCCGACCUUCACCCAAUCCUCCUACACCCUCUUCGUCCCCGAAAACACAGAACCCUGUGUGGUGCAUUUCCAACUGGUACUGGAAAACCCGGUGCAGUUUUUUCAAGGCGAGCUGCAACUCACAGAUGUAAAUGACCAUGCUCCGGAGUUCACAGAGAGGGAAAUGCUCCUUAAAAUUCCAGAGAGCGCCCAGCCUGGGACUGUUUUUCCUUUGAAAAUAGCCCAGGACCUUGACAUAGGGAGCAACACUGUUCAGAACUACACACUCAGCCCCAACUCCCAUUUUCAUGUGGUUACUCACAAUCGCGGGGAUGGCAGAAAAUAUCCAGAGCUGGUGCUGGAUAAAGCGCUGGACCGGGAGGAGGAGGCCGAGCUUAGUUUCAUACUGUCUGCUGUGGAUGGCGGGGAUCCGCCCAGGUCCGGGACCACCACAGUGCGCAUUGAAGUCGUGGACAUCAAUGAUAACGCCCCUGAAUUUUUACAGUCGCUCUAUGAAGUACAGAUUUCUGAGAACAGUCCCCUGAAUUCCGUCGUUGUUAUCGUCUCUGCCCGAGAUUUAGAUGCAGGAACAUAUGGGAGUGUGGUUUAUACUGUAUUGCAAGGCAAUGCCUUUCCAGAAUCUUUUGCAAUAGACGAAAGAACGGGAGAAAUUCGUCUCAAAAGAGCAUUGGAUUUCGAGGUAACUAGAGAUUAUAACAUAGAAAUUGUAGCUACAGAUGGUGGAGGACUUUCAGGAAAAUGCACUGUAGCAGUAGUGGUGUUAGAUGUGAAUGACAAUGCUCCUGAAUUGACCAUAUCCACGCUCAGCAGAUCUAUCCCAGAAAACUCCCCGGAGACAGUAGUUGCUAUUUUCACUGUUUCUGAUUCGGAUUCUGGGGACAACGGAAAGAUAAUUUGUUCCAUUCAAAAUGAUCUCCCUUUCCUUCUAAACCACACCUUCAAGAAUUUUUACACCUUGAUGACAGAGAGCCCUCUGGACAGAGAGACCAGGGCCGAGUACAACAUCACCAUCACCGUCACAGACUUGGGCACACCCAGGCUCCAAACCCAGGAGGCUGGCUCUGAGGCAAUUAGGUAUUCAAUGCCAGAGGAAACAGAAAGUGGCUACCUGGUGGCCAACCUGGCAGAAGAUCUGGGGCUGAGGGUGGGGGAACUGGCCACUCGAGGCGCGAGAAUCCAUUACAAAGGCAACAAACAGCUCUUACACCUGGAUGUAAAGACUGGCAAUUUGCUGCUGUGGGAAAAGCUAGACCGGGAGGGGCUGUGCGGGGUGACAGAACCCUGUGUGGUGCAUUUCCAACUGGUACUGGAAAACCCGGUGCAGUUUUUUCAAGGCGAGCUGCAACUCACAGAUGGCGCUCCGGCGCCCGAGGGCCCCUUCCCGGCCCGCCUGCUGGACGUCAGCGGCGCCGGGACCCUGGCCCACAGCUACCAGUAUGAGGUGUGUCUCUCUGGAGGUACUGGGACAGAUGAGUUCAAAUUCCUCAAGCCAUUUUUCCCCAACCUCCCUCCCCAGAGUGCUGGGGAAGAGACAGAAGGAAAUGCUAUGGUCCAGAAUAGUUUGGGGUUCCAGUAGCGAUCUGAUUGUGAUACUGUUUUCUUCCAUUUAUCCCUAUGUUACCCAGAUACAGCAUGUGAAUAUCGUGGAGGAAAAUGUCUCACCUUCAGAUACAAGUUCGAUUUUCCUUUGUAAUGGAUUUUUCCAUUGAAUUUUAUCGACACCAUUUAGGAAAAUUCUUUUUUGCUUUUUGGAGAGCUGUUUGCUUUUGGCGCUUUAGAUAGGACCCGGACCCAGGGUAUUCGCACUAUAUCACUGAACUGUACUUCAGCUGCGUUCUACUUCUUUACUGCCUUCCCAUUGCCAUCCGAAACCCAUGCAUGCUGUUGGUUUUCCUGAGCGUUAUGAUCUUCUCAUCGGUAUUUCUUGUGAUGAGCCAUCUUAAUAAAAACAAACGUUAUUUUCGUUUUGUACCUAAUUCUACCCAUUUUGUUUCUUCAUACUCUACAUAUUUGAUGCUAAGCUGAAAAUACAAAAAUGUUUUAUGGCAUUUUCUUCAUUUUAAAUGUUGCCGCUUGGUGCCUGAGGGUCACUUACCGGGCCACCUGGUGGAUGUGAGUGGCGGGAUCUUUUCUCAAAAUUAUUGGCAUGAAGUUUACCUGGCAGGAAGCUCUGUGACUGGGGACUUACAAGUUGUUCAACCAAUAUUCAUAAACUUGGGCGAAGGGCAUGAUAGGAACACCGAUGAAAUGGCAACUUCAGGUGUUAUUCUGAGUUCCAUUAGGAAUGUACUUUUGAUGACAUGAUAAAUUGUGACAUUCAUUCAAAAUUAUCUAUAAAUUCCCAACCUUUCAUUCACAUAAAGAGCUUACAUAUUUACAAGUGGUAGUUAGUGUCAUAUCUAUAAGUAUUUCAUCUAUUGAACUAUUUUCCAUUUUGUACACUGUAUGAGGCAUCUCACAUAACCUAUGCACACAAUGGCAGAAAUACUGUAUCUUAUUUCUCAAGGUAGUCAUUUUUUUUUUUCCCUUUUGGUCAAAUUUUGAAAAUCACAGAUACUUUGAGGUUCCUGAUAUUUGAGCUUGUUCAUUGAUAUCUUGUUUUGAUUAAGAGAAUUUUCCCCAAACUUUCUGAUUAUCAGCAUGACUCUUUUGUAAAUAAUGGGUUUUCAAUUUCAAAAAUAAUUCUUUUAUGAAAAAAGUGAGUGGCCUUAAAAAUUGUUGGGUUGUUUGAAAAAUAGGAUUUCUUUUCACAAAUAAACCAGUAUUUCAUGUGA